AUGAUCGCAUAUCGCCCCGCGGUGGGGGGCAAAACGCGCGGGUCCCGGACUAAUGAGCGUAUAGAGCAUCGCCGUGAUGGAGAUGUGUGCUUAUAUUUCGCCUACGACGAUUCGCCUUUUCCUUCCGUCGUCGAAGGGGUGCGUGGGAAUGCACAGGGCACGUCUCCAGACGGUGUCCCGUUCAUGAUAUGGACAUCCGAAGCACGCGUGGGAACACCGCGCCGAUUGCUGGAGCCAAGAGCGGCAGAAAGCGAAACGCAUAGAACGCGAGACUUCUCGUUCGGUGGCUUGCGAAGCUUUCUCGGUGUCGCUGCAACGGAAGCGGUGGAGAUAAGUCGGUACUGCAGAGGAGACGGUAUACGUACAGCGGCACUUGUUAUGUGGGAAUGCAACGCUCUAGUUGCCGCUGCGACGUACCGUUAUGCGAGAGGAGCUCUAGUCGGGGCGGUCGCUUCGCACGGAGAGGGACUU